GAAAUAAGACUUGACUUCGGAAUUCGGAAUUCGGAUUUUCCAUCGUACGAAAUGUCGCGUCGAAGUGGUUUGAGUACAAAGAAAUUUAAAGAACUAGAAGUAUCAAAUCCACAAGAUUUAAUUGCUAGGGAAACAAUAUCGAAAAGGUGUUUUACUUCAAAAUAAAUUGUAAUCCCGCAAAAUGGUGAAUUGUUAGAUAGUUCAAUGUUGAGAGGUGAAUCGAUAGAACCAUUGGUACCCAAUCUUGUCAUAGUGCAGCCUGUUAAAAGCUCUUUAUGUAAUUCUAGGAUUGAGAAAAAUGAAUCCAUUUAAUAUGAAGCAAUGUUAAGUUAUGGUUUUGAGAACAAGAGCGGGAAAGAAGUCUGGAUGCAGGCAAUUGCAAAGCUAAGAAAUAUGGUGGUGAUAUUUCUAUUUUGGAUUUGUUUGGUGAACAAAGGGAAAGAAAUAAUGAGCAAAACUAAAAAUAUAUAUAGUUAAUACAUCUAUUUCAUUCUAUUUGUUACUGUAUUUUUGUAGAAUGGAAAACGAGCCAGAAGAGACUCCUCUGGAAUCACCCAACAUAGCGAUUCAGCCAAAAAUUCUUAAACAUUCGAAAUCGUCUGUUCCUCUUUUGCCAAAAAAUCUUAAACAUUCCAAAUUAUCUGUUCCUUUUCUGACGCCUAGAACUACACCGACGCCUACUCCUUCACCACUAGUGACAAAUCUUGUUACAGUGCAGCCUUUUAAAAGCUGUUUAGGUAAUUUACGGAUUGAUAUUAAAAGCAAAACAGCAAGAUUUGGACAACAAGAUAGAAUGUGUGUACCAAAAUCGAAUAAAGAGAAGUCUUUAGUCAACGUACCGAGUCAAAACGAAACUUGUGUAUCUAUCUCACCUGAGAAAAAUGAAUCGAUUGAAUAUGAAGCAAUAUCCAGUUAUGCUUUUAAGAACGGGAGCGUGAAAAGAAGUCUGGAUGUUGGUAAAAAUUACAAAGCUAAGAAACACUGUGGUGAUAUUUCUAUUUCGGAUUUGUUUAGGGAUCAAAGAAUGAAAAGCGAUUCAGAAGAACCUUCAAUUCUCAAGACUAUCGGAAUUUUUACAAUUCUGAAAAUGUACCAACGUGAUGACUUUGAGAGUUUCAUUGAAACAAAUCUAAUGGGCUAAAAUACAUCGAGAACUAGGAUCUA